UGGCCACCUCAUCCACCACUUUGUCCACGAGACACGAUUCUUCACCAUGGGUCUAUUUCGGGGAGCGGUGCUGGUGGCGCUUUUGGGCGUCUGCCUCGCUAGAGUUGACUACAACGGUUUCAAGGUAUUUCGCGUGACCCCGCGUGAUGACGAUGAAGUUCGUUCCAUGGGCUCCCUCCGUGACCUGCUGGAUGGCAAGCUGGAUUUCUGGGCGGAGCCUCGCCACGCCGGCAAGCCCAUCGACUUCAUGGUCGGACCCAACUUCCAAGACGAGGCUCUGCGCAUGCUCAGUGAGCGCGGCCUCCAGGCCGAGGUGUUCAUCGACAAUGUCGAGCAGCUGAUCGACGAGCAGAUGCAGAGGUCCGAGGUGUCAGCGUCGGCCACCUUCGACUACGACGUGUACCACACGUAUGACGAGAUCAACCAGUGGGUGAGUGACAUUGCGAGUCAGUACAGCAGCAUUGUGACCGAAGAAUUGCUGGGUUACUCCUAUGAGGGAAGAGAAAUCAAGCUCCUCAAGCUCGGUAAGCGUGGCUUGAACAAGCCAAUCGUCUGGCUGGAGAGCGGCGUGCACUCCCGGGAAUGGCUCUCACCGGCCACCAUGCUCACCAUGGUCAACAUGUUCUUGGAAGGCUACGGCAGCGAUUCGUCCAUCACGACCCUCCUGGACCAGGUUGACUGGUACAUCUUGCCCAUGUUCAACCCCGAUGGCUACGUCUACACUUGGACUGGGGACCGCAUGUGGCGUAAGACCAGAAAGCCCAACGCAAUGUCUGCCUGCGUCGGAACCGACCCUAAUCGUAACUGGGACCAUCAGUGGUGUGUGGCCGGUGCCAGCAGGUGGCCCUGCUCCGACACGUACUGCGGCACGGCGGCCCACACCGAGAUCGAGGUCAAGACGGUGACUGACUACAUCCUGACCUUGAAAAACGUCCAGGCGUUCGUGGAUUUCCACUGCUACAGCCAGUACUGGAUGGUGCCGUGGGGCUACACUAGGAGACUGCCUGCUAACUAUGCUGCUCAGAAAGCACUGGCUGACAAGGCUGUAGCUGCGCUGUCGGCCGUGUAUGGUACCCAGUAUACCACGGGCAGCAUCGCCAAUGUCAUCUAUGAGGCUUCGGGCUCUAGUGCUGAUUGGGCCUACGGUGUUGCCGGCAUUCCGUACUCCUUCGCCCCCGAGCUGAGAGACACCGGGGCCUACGGCUUCCUGAUGCCCGAACGGUUCAUCCACGCGAGCGCGGUGGAGACCUUCGAGGCUGUUAAGGCUAUCGGGAACAAUUUCAUAUAAAGCACCAAUUAUUGGAGGGGCAUUGAAAAUGCAAAUGAUAAUGCUAAUUGAAGCCCUUUAGAUUUGUUGUCCUUUCAGGAACAACCAAGGCCUAAAUAAUAAUAAUAAAACACAUGAGGCUUUAAAGAUAAAAAAUGUAUGUAGAUGUUACCAAAAUGCAAAAAAAAGCAAACACAUGGAAUGAUAAUUCUGGUGCAAGCUUUCUGUUUACAAAGUUUUUGCCUAAAUAAUUGGUUUAUUUUUAUGAAUUUUUUGCCGAGUCGGUUUCUUUAUCUUCGAAGAAAGCAGCCCAUUAAUGAAUAAGCGUUUUCGAAAAGAUAAGAAAUACACACACGACAGCUACAGACAGACAGAUAAAAGGCCUUUCGACAACAUGUCACUCUUUUAUUCCCCAAGUCUGAUGGCAUUGGUAACUUUCGCUUAAUAAGAGCUUUUGAAAGACACAAUAAACUUUUGAUGUUAAAAAUAA